AUGGAUAGUCAAGGGGGCGCAGGGGGAAACAACAAUUCCAGCGACUUCGUGCGCAAAUUGUACAAAAUGCUUGAAGACCCCUCGUACUCCUCAGUAGUGCGAUGGGGCGACGAUGGCGACAGUUUCGUCGUACUAGAGAACGAAAAGUUCACCAAAUCCAUCCUGCCGAAACACUUCAAACAUUCCAACUUUGCCAGUUUUGUCCGGCAGUUAAACAAGUACGACUUUCACAAGGUGCGGCAGAACAACGAGGACGGCGGAAUGUCGACCUACGGGGCCAAUGCGUGGGAAUUCCGGCAUCCAGAGUUCAAGGCAAACAGCAAAGAUACGCUCGACAAUAUCCGGCGGAAAGCCCCGGCUCCUCGGAAGCCGUCAGGCCUGAACGAUGAGCAAAUACCCAUACAACAGAUUGAUUUGAUGAACCAGCAAAUAGUAGCACAAGCACAACAGAUUGAGUCGCUAGUUCAGGCAAACAAUCAACUUCAAAUCAACCACCAGAUGGUGGUCCAAGAGCUUCUACGAAUACAAAAGACGGUCCUCAAUCACGAUCGCGUCAUGCAGGAUGUCAUGACGUUCUUGCAUUCGGUAGAUGCGAAGCAGCGGAGGGACAGCAAAGCACUUUUCGCGCCGCAAGCAGAUCCCACGCAGACGAGCACCACCUUGACCCCAACAAGCCAGAACAUGCCUCAACCAGAGGACGACGCGCCUGCUUCCCCUCUCCAGCAUGCGUCAAAACUGUUGAAUGAUCUAAAUGCAGACAUCCAAUUCAACAUCUCUGGCUUGGAACAGAUGCACACCAAUAUCGCAACUCCACCUAUCAACUCAGAUCCCCGGAACCUACAGUAUAGGGGACAGAGCUCUUCCAACUCGAGCGCCAGCAUGGCCUUCGCCAAGAUGGACCCGUCGCAACUGGAAACCGUCGUGUAUCCGAUGGGCACGAACAACGGUAUUGACCCGAUGUCCAGCGAAUACAUCCACAACAUUCCCUACCCCAUGCCUUCAAAAGACAGCCCUCAUGACCCUCGAGCACAAUUUGCCGAUUCUCGCAAGAAGAGUGCAUCAGCGGAUCCUGGCUGGAGCCGGUCACCGAGGAUAUUGUUGGUUGAAGACGACCCCACGUGUCGACAAAUUGGCGGAAAGUUUUUGUAUUCUUUCAACUGUGUGGUAGACAGUGCUUUUGAUGGCCUCGAGGCUGUCGGUAAAAUGCAAGACGGAAACAAGUAUGACAUGAUAUUGAUGGAUAUUAUCAUGCCCAACCUCGAUGGUGUAUCUGCAUGCCAUAUUAUCCGGCAAUUCGAUCGGACACCCAUAGUUGCGAUGACGUCCAACAUCAGAUCCGACGACAUCCAGAUGUACUUCCAUCAUGGAAUGGACGAUGUGCUCCCGAAGCCGUUUACGCGAAAGUCGCUUCUCGACAUGCUUGAAAAACACCUGAUGCACCUGAAGAAGGUGCCUCAGAUGGAGGGCCCGCCUAUGCCGGCUAUGGCUCCCGGUGGUCUUUCCUCUACCACGCACACUGUGCGCGAUGACGGCUCGUCAGGCGCAUCUCCUGCUGGAUCAAGCGGGACUUGGAAUUCUCCUAGUCAGUACUCUGGAGCAUCCCCAGUCAACCCGAAUCUGCACUUGGGCGCGCUCCCCCAACAGCAGCCACAGCAACAGCAACAUUUUAUCGAUGCGAAUGGUAACAUCGCGUCCUUUCAAAGCGCCCCACAGACCCCAAUGGGCAUGAGGCAAAGUGCAAUGCAGAAUCAUGCGCACAGAAGAGGGCCGUCUGACAUGUCGGGCGGAAUGGACGUGGCCAACGCGAAUAAACGGCAGCGUAUUUAUGGUUCACAACAAACAGUGGCACCUCCAUUGCGGCAAUAA